GACCCGCGGUCGGUGCCGCCCCGCGGCGGGGGCGGGCCGGGCCGCCCGUCCGGUUCCGGGUCGGCGGAAGAUGGCGGCGCCCAUGGAGCUGUUCUGCUGGGCCGGGGGCUGGGGGCUGCCCUCGGUGGAUCCCGACUGCCUGGCUGUGCUGACCUACGCGCGGUUCACGGGGGCGCCGCUGAAGGUGCACCGGGUCACCAGCCCCUGGAGGAGCCCCUCCGGGCACCUGCCCGCGCUGAGGACACGGGACGAGGGCACCAUCUCCAAACCUCAGCAGAUCAUAACCCACCUCAGGAAACAGAAAUACAACGCUGACUACGACCUGUCAGCCACGCAGAGUGCGGACACGCUGGCUUUCGUGUCCCUGCUGGAGGAGAAGCUGCUGCCAGUACUGAUCCACACCUUCUGGGUGGAUGCCAAGAACUACGUGGAGCACACGCGGAAGUGGUACGCAGAAACCAUCCCCUUCCCCCUCAACUUCUUCCUGCCCAACGCCAUGCACAAGCGGCACCUGGAGCGGCUGCAGCUCAUCUGGGGGGAUGACUACAUGGAGGAUGAGGAGAAGCUGGAGAAGGAGCUCUACCGGGAAGCUCGGGAAUGCCUGACACUCCUCUCCCAGCGCCUCGGCUCCCAGAAGUUUUUCUUUGGAGACUCGCCGGCCUCCCUCGAUGCCUUGGUCUUCAGCCGCCUGGCGCCGCUCCUGAAGGCGAAGCUGCCCAACGGGAAACUGCAGCAGCACCUGAAGUCCCUGCAGAACCUGUGCAACUACUGCACCUCUAUCCUCAGCCUUUACUUCCCCUGGGACGGAGGUGACCCCCUGAGCGGUGCCCCUCGGCCUGCAGGCACAGAUGGCAGUGAGGCAGAGGAGGACCCCCACAAACGGCGCAAGCAGCUGCUGUCAGUGCUGGUGGGGCUGGUGGCCAUGCUGGGCUACGCCUUCCUCAGCGGCAUCGUCUCCAUCCAGCGCGGCAGCGUGGGGCCGGCCGGCCGGCAGCCCGUCACACCAGCCCUGGAGGAGGAGGAAGAGGAGGAGGAGGAGUGAGGAAGAGCUGUGUGACUGUUCCUUCCCAGCCCCUGGAACUGACUGUUUUUACUCUGGAAGCCUGGCAGCAUCGCUGCUCUGCUCUGUGUCCCACCAGGAACCACAGACCUCUCCAUGGGAGCGUCCCUGCCACACCAAUAAACCUCCCUCUCUCCACCUGCA